AUGGCUGAUUCAAAGUACGCUGACUUGCCCGGAAUUGCUUACGACCAAGUAGAUGUUUACGAGACCACAGAUUUACCUGAAUCUGAACAGUAUUCUAACGACAAUGAGGACGAAACCGAAUCAAUUGAAAAGUUACACAUUAAUGCGAGUGAAGCUUUCAAUAAAUUUAAAGGAAAAAGUGUUGCCACUAAAGGUGUUGAUUUUUCUGACAAGAUUUCAGGAAAACCAAGGACUGGAUACAAUGCUGUGUAUGUUGAUAUGUUGAUAAUCUUUGGAGUAUGGGAACUUCCUGGUGAAGGAGAACAAGAGACACUGAUACAAAAAUAUCAACGACUUCAAUGUGAAAUAAAGGAACUUUAUGACGAAGUUAAUGCACUCAAAGAGAAUGCUAAAGAAGAAGGAGAAGUUAAAAACGCAGCCGACAUUUUGGUUCAGGUGGAAGAUAUAGGGAAGCAAUUGAGUAUUUUACGAAUUGAUGAAUGCCUUGGGACUGAUUUAGUUUCUACGUUGACUGAUCCUCAAGGAACAAGAUUCAAACAACUAGAAUUACAAAUAGAACAAUUUAAAAAUGUUGGAACCGUUGAUAAGAAGCCAAGUGACAAAGGUUCAGGACAAACUGAUAAAGUUCCACCAAGUGGAACAUUAAAGUAUGAGAUGAUUUAUUUACCUGAAAGAGCCCGAAUGCAAGAAACAGCAAGAAUAGCUCAACUGGAGCAACGUUUAGCACGAAUGGAAGGUGUAGUGGGUUCAGGUGAUGACAAACUUGCUAAAUUUACGCCAAAUCUCAAGACACAAGGAGUUAUCGAAGCUAUACAACAGCUUGCUGCUAAAUCUGCAUUGUUAGACAGUACUCAAGUAGAAGUUAUGGAAGGUAGAAUCGCAACUUUGUGCCAUCGAUUGGAUUCAGUAGCUCAAAAAAAAUCGGCAUUAUCUGCCGACACUGAGCGUGAUCAAAAGAUUGCAGAAAUGUAUAACAUAGUGCAAAAAACAGAGCCUAUGGCUCAAGUUCUACCAGAAACUAUCGAAAGAAUGAUUGCUUUAAAUGCUAUUCAUUCUAGAGCCGCAGAGUUUAGUAAAUCUUUGAGUCAGCUGGAAGAGGUUCAAUCACAAAUAACAGGUAGUCUGGAGAGUAAUAAAUCUGUACUCAAGGGCAUUCAAGAAAGUUUUGCGUCAAAUUUGGAAGCAAUACGCAAAAACAUCAAUCAUUUAGAAGAGCGUCUGACUAAAUUAAAAAAAUAA